AUGGAGGCGGAGGAACUGGAGAGGGAAGGUUCGGAGCCGGAGCCUCUGGAAGGGACAGAUCAGAAACCAGAGGCGGCGGAGGAGCAGGAGGAAUCCGAAGAGGCGGCUUGUGGCGCCAAGAAGCGGGUGGUGCCGGGUAUUGUGUACUUGGGCCACCUCCCGCCCCGCUUUCGGCCUCUGCAUGUACGGAACCUUCUCAGCGCGUACGGCGAGGUCGGGCGCGUUUUUUUCCAGCCCGAGGACGGGUUCGUGAGGCGCAAGAAGAAGGCAGCGGCAGCCUCGGCCGCGGGAGGCAAAAAGCGGUCCAGGUACAGCAAGGACUACACCGAGGGCUGGGUGGAGUUCCGGGACAAGCGAGUAGCCAAGCGCGUGGCGGCCAGUCUUCACAACACGCCCAUGGGAGCCCGCAGGCGCAGCCCCUUCCGUUACGACCUGUGGAACCUCAAGUACUUGCACCGUUUCACGUGGUCCCACCUCAGCGAACAUCUUGCCUUUGAGCGCCAGGUGCGCAGGCAGCGCCUGAGGGCCGAGGUUGCCCAGGCCAAGCGUGAGACUGACUUCUAUCUUCGAAGUGUGGAACGGGGACAGCGCUUCCUUGCCGCUGAGGGGGACUCUGCUCGCCCGAGUGGCAGCUGGAGCUUUGCCCAGCGUCCUACUGAGCAAGAGCUGAGAGCCCAGAAGGCGGCUCGGCCAGGGGGACGAGAACGGGCUCGCCUGGCAAAGGCCCAGGACCAGGCUCGCUCCAGCCGAGGGCUGCUUGCCAAGAUCUUUGGAGCGCCCCCACCUUCGGCGAGCAUGGAGGAACCCUGACCAGUCAGGGACUCUUGA